CCCUAAUCCACAUUUCAUCUCACUACAAAAUAAGCAAAGUUGGGAAUGAUCUGAAGAGACGGCGACAAUGUCUAGAGCUCGGUAUGGUUGGUCCAAACUUUGCACCGAUCUUCUGCGAUCGAUCCUCGAAAGCUUACACCCUAAAGAUUUUCAUCGGGCAAGAACUGUCUGCUCAAGCUGGUACUCUGUCUCCACAACAUGUACGCGACGUCUGUGUCCAUGGCGAAUCCUAUUACGUAAGUCUUCUACUCUGUUAUACGAUCCCGAACAAGACAAAACUAUCGAAACCGAACAUCCAGGAACCGACUUCUCGAACAGCUGUGUCGUGGCUAGUUGUAGCAACUGGCUCUUGAUCAUUGAUUCUUAUUUGGAUUUGUAUCUUUUGAAUGUGUUUACUUGCGAGAGAAUCAAUCUUCCAUCGAUGAAGUCAUUGCUUUUUGGUCAAGUUAUUACCUUCAACGUGCGUAGUAGCCUAACCUCAUCGAGUACACCGGCUUGUCUUUGGAUGAACGAGAGAACAGGGGACUAUGUCGCAGCCUGGAGUUACAAAGAACAUUACUUGUUCUUAUACAAGAAAGGAGAUGCCACGUGGCGUAAUCAUAAAGGCGCACGUUGUAGAUCCAUGGCGUAUAAGGACAACAAGCUUUACGUGUAUACAUCUGAUGGUUACAUCAAGAUUCUUGAUUUGUCUGGAGACUCGGUUAGGGAGAUCGUGGAAGGGAACCCAUGUCCUAACCAUAGGUUUCAGUUUGUUUCACAACUUGGGGAACAUGUGUGGAGGACGAAAGUAGCGGUUACGAACUCAGGAGAGGUUUUGAUUGUUCUGAGCUUAAGAGGGUUACAAGAGAAACGUUUGUUUUGCAUCUUUAAGAUGAAUGUUGAAAGCGGUAACUGGGAAAGAGUAGAUUCUCUUGGAGGUGAGGUGUUGAUAUUUGGUCAUGGAGUCACAGUAAGAUCUCCGAUCAAAGAGAUUGACGGUCAGGGAAUCAAGAGUGAUUCAAUCUGUUUCAUUGAUUAUGAUCUUUGGCCAGGUGCAGAUUAUUUCUAUCACACGAGGCAAAUUAAGAGCGGUAUAUUCGAUCUUGCGACGAGGACAAUCACAUGGCCUAAAACAUCAGAUCCUUCCGUCUUGAAGAGCUUCUGGUUUGUUCCGGGAUAUGCUUAAAGUCUUGGUCUGAAUAAUGGUUUCAACUUAGGGUCUAGUCUUUAAAAAGACUCAGCAGCUAAAGAAUGGGCUUCUCUUUUGUCUCGCUACUUUGUGGGUUUGAUUCUAGGUAAGAGUUUGUUCAAGCACUUUGAUGCUUGUAGACUUUUAUUUAAUCGUCUUUUAUAUUUGCGGGUUUAGUAAGGAAACAUGGUGCUUAGUCAUGUCGUUGCAAGAAAACUUUUCAUUUUAUUGGUUUCUAAAACCUUGAACUUUUGAAAAAGGUCAAAACAACACAUUGUUGAUGAAACUUGAAAUUAUA